UCACUUAAUGAUAAUAUGAUGGUAUAUUGGUUAUCUUGGUUAACCAAUUAACCAAAUCGAUUAAACUUUAGUAUGGUUAAUUUGGUUAUUGUAUUAGUUUAGACGAUUUGGUUAUGAUAUUGUAUUUCAUGGUAAAUAGAAUUUAGACUUAUCUACAAAAUACUAUAAGCCAAUGUCAAUAUAUUGCUUUUGCCACGUCAGCCCCUCCUCAAUAUACCGCACACUGCGGAAGGACCUCCAGGUAAUUCUAAUAAUUCCCUCUCACCGGCCGUCUAUCUCGCACAAAAGUUCUCACACGUACAAUCUCCCCCCGCCUGUCAACCAAAACCUCCUUACUUACCGCAGCUCUCUCGAUGGUAUCAAUAUAAUCCCUUUUUUACAACAAUAAAAAUAUAAUAAUUGUUGCACAUUUAAUCUGCUUCUUGAAUCCCCCGGCGCCGCCCCCGGAAAUCCCUUCCUAACCGCACCGCCGAGCAAACUCACCGGAGAGCAGUUGUACACCCCUCGGCGACUAUUAUUAUACCAAGAGUGUCAAAGAAGCUGGGGUAUUUAUCUCUUUGUCCUAUUUCUGAUAACGUUAUCUCUUUGUUAUCUUAGGUUCUGAAUUAAUUUUUAUGGAUCUGAUUUUAGGUUUUCUUACUUACAGAUCUGCUAGGUGCAACGAAGCCAUCUCAGUUGCAGAUUCGUUUUAGUUAGAGUUGUGGUAAUUGUGGAAUUUUGUCUAUCUUUGUCUCGAUCUUCUCUGGAUUUUUGUUUUCAUCUCUCUGAACCUCUCUCAACAAUGGCCAUAUAUAUAUAGUCACGUUUCGUUCUCCUGUUUAAUUUUUUUUUUCCUUUCGAUUUCUGAGUUGGUAUCUUUUUUCUAAAGUUGUUUGCUGUAGGUGCUUCCAGUGGCAGUGCCAUGAAUCUGAAUGAGGGGAUAAAAGAAUUUACGUUUAAAGGUUUGAACCGGCGAGAGGGGCUAAAGUCUUAUCACCUACUCUAUUAUCCAAAUUUGUUGUGAAAUUUACAUGUAAAUUUACACAAUUUUGAGAGUUGAAGGGGGCCAUAGCCCCUCCUGCCAACAACGUGACUUCUCCACUGGUAGGUGCUGAUAUGAAUUGGUGAGGUUCAGCGUCGGGUACAAAGCAUUGUCCAUGAAACCGUACCGCAGACCGUGCCCAAAAAGUAAGUGGUAGGGUAUUUUAUGGCAAAACCGUGGUUUAACCGUAGUUCAACCGUUAGUACCGUUAAAUACCGCCUAUCGGUUUAGCCUCCGGUACUGGUAUUUUGUGGUUGAAUCGCCGGUACAGUACGGUUUAAUGGACCAUGGUACAAAGGAGAAGCACAUCUCCGCGUUCCAAGGUGCUUGGUUACAGCCUUACAGGGAUUGUUCUAUGACUGGUUUGCUUUGUCUCUGCUUUGAUGGUUUCGUUCGGUCUUUCUCCUUAGUAGACUUUCUUUGAUUUCUUUCAUAAGAAAUUAAGGCGGUGAGUUUGAUUGCCAAGAAUCCGGCGACCAAGGAUAUGUGCAGAUCCAAACAUCCCAUGAUGCGUUUUUUGUUUUGGGAGGUGAAGUGGUGAACAGAAGGGUAAAGAUCCAACUCUUUCAUUCGUUUCUCCCUCUAUGUAAUUGUGAUUUUCGUGGUUUUUUUGCAGGGUUAAAACUAAAUUGUAUUAUAUUGUAAUUUUGCUUCCCUUUGUGGUUGUGCAAGGGUUAUGGUAAUGCCGCUGAAGUGUAGUCACCACUCACCAUGACCAUUUUUCGAGCCAAAAUCCUCGGUUUAAAUUGUAAUUUAUUUUCUUUCGUUCAAGUCGACAUCAUUGUUACAAGAUUUUGAUGACUUCGCAGUAAUUUAUUUUGCAUGUGCAUCCCACAAUUAUUCAAUCACUCUAUUCUUAUACGAAGUUUGGCAAUGUCUCGACUAUUAAAAGCUAAACUUCAAAUUCAAACGAGAUGAAAGGAGAUGUAAGCAGGUUUAAUAUUAGGCUUAAACAUAUUAGAUGAUACUUUUUAAAGGGGUUAAUGCCACAUUUGGUCACUGUGAUUACUAAAUUGUGUCGUGUUUAGUCACUAGAAAAACUUAAUAUCAAAUUUGGUCACUCUAAUUACUAAAACAGGUCAUAUUUAGUCACUCUCCGUUAGUCUCCAUCCAACUCCGUUAAUGAAGUCCGUUAAGUGCUGACGUGGCUAACGAGAGAGCCUAAUCAGUGCCGUUUUGACCCGAAAAUGGUCAAACUCGACCCGCCACGUCACCGAACCCGCCAUGUCAUACAUCCAACCCAAACUAUUAAGCCAACCUAACCAAAAACUAAACCCUAACCCACCUAACAAAACCCUUUCUCCUUCCUCGCGAUGCUCUACUCUGCUCCUUCCCUUCAAGGUGCAAAAGACACCCAAUUAAUUCCCGCGAGGUGCAAAUUGAUUCCCAAAAUUCCCACUCCCUCCAUCUCUCUAUAUAUUCAUACACACAAAUCAUGGCUUCAGCAACCAUAUGCAGCUCAAGAAUCUGUGGUAUCAAGUGAUUGCAUCUGUUCCAAUACAACUGCAAUUUCCCAUCGCCGUACCCCUCGCCAGUUACCAAGAAGCGCCGGUUCGCUCCCCCAUGUCUCAAGCGCCUCCAGGCGAGGUUCCCCAACAUGGAGGUGGGGAUUCUCGAGCUAUCCCUAGAAGAAUGCGGCAGCAACAUCGACGCCGCCAUCUACUGCCUCUGCCGUCUCUCCCUGGAAGAAGCGCUUGCCACGAAACCCGGCCCCGCAGUGAAAAUCAGCAGCGACGAGCAUGGAUGACGCCAAAUCCCGAGCCGGCAAGGUUUUGGAAGCUCUGGAGAAUUGCACCUCGCGGGAAAAGGGAUAGCGUGGAGCUCUACAUCUCUCCCUGAAGUUCGAUCGAAUUGGUGAACCUAGAGGAAGGAGCAGUUCGCGAGGAAGGAGAAAGGGUCUUGGUCUGAAAAUGGCCACUAACCCAAUCGAUUUUCCAAUUUUGUUUUGUUAGGUGGGUUAGGGUUUAGUUCUGGGUCGGGUUGGGUUAAUGGUUUUGGUUUGGUGUAUGACAUGGCGGGUUUGGUGACGUGGCGGGUCGGGUUUGACCAUUUUCGGGUCAAAACGGCGCUGAUUAGGCUCUCUCGUUAGCCACGUCAGCACUUAACGGACUUCAUUAACGGAGUUGGAUGGAGACUAACGGAGAGUGACUAAAUAUGACCUGUUUUA